CAAUGUCAAAUGAUUCAUUGUAUUUAAUUUCGACGAUACCUUUUUACAGAAAUAAUUGUUAUUAUUAUUAUUAUUUUCUUGUACUAUUUCACAAAUUAAGUGUAAAGACUGUUAAACUGAUAAUACAGCAAUAUUUUUAUUACUCAAUAUUCCUUGCACAGUUUAUUAUCAACAAUAGCCAAACUAACGUUUGCUUUGUGGGGGAAGCUGAAUGCCUAUUUGACGGAUUUCUAAAUUAUUCCGUAUACAGGAGUCUUCAAAGAAAAUAAAGAAAUGCCGGCGUAUCAUUCGACGUUAUCAGACUACACCCAAUCAAUUGGUAACUUGGCAUUGUUACCAGUAAGAACUACGUUCAGAGGCCCGGCACCGACAAAUGCUAAGUUGGAACUUGAUAUUGUCGACGAAGCCCUGAAUUACUUUAAGGCAAAUGUUUUCUUCAGAUUCUAUGAGAUAAAGUCAGAUGCGGACCGUGUUUUAAUAUACUUGACAUUGUAUGUUUCGGAAUGCUUGAAGAAGCUGCAAAAGUGUUCAAAUAAGAGUCAAGGCCAGCAAGAGAUGUACAUGCUUGCUAUUUCUAAGUUUGACAUUCCUGGGGAAGCAGGCUUUCCCUUGAACUCUGUUUAUGCCAAACCAACAAGCCCACAGGAGGCUGAUUUAAUGAGGCAAUACCUCCAACAGCUGAGGCAUGAGACUGGAACGAGGGUCUGUGAGAAGGUGUUUGCUACAGAAGAUGGUAAACCAAGUAAAUGGUGGCUCUGUUUUGCCAAAAGGAAAUUUAUGGAUAAAUCACUAUCUGGACCUGGUCAGUAAAAACAAAUUAGCUGAAAUUUAAUGUUUAGAAUACAUAUUAUUGUCUAUUAAAUGUAUUUAUUUGCGCUUAUUUACAAGUUACUUGAAUUUAUAAUUAAACCUUUUAAUGUAUAAAACAUUUGAAUACUUUAAUUGACCACAUUGUGAGGAAAUAAUAUACAUAAAUAUUAGUCAACACUACCCAAUGGUUUAUAACCGUCCUCACUUAUUUCACAUCUUUUCCUU